AUGUCGGACUCUCCUGACUUAAGUAAAUCCAUCAUUCACACACCUUGUGACCUCGACAGUGACUCACCGCUUCUGCUAGGCUACGCAAAUCUCCUCCGACUCCGGACCUUACCAAAGGACAAGAGAGCUCAGGGAAUUCAACAGAUCCAGCAGAAGGCCAAGACCAUCCAGUCAAAUUGCAAGCCCGCACCACCACCAAUGGAACCCUCAAAUUAUCUGACGGCUCUUGCCAACCUGGACGUCAAGAAACCCGAUGCUUUCCAAAAUUUCAUCCGGGAUACCCAAGCACAGGACCCUGAAAGCUCGCCGAAGCCUAUACCACUAGGUACUCGUGAGGGCAUACAAUACUUCCUUCUAAGUAGCGAGUCUACUGUCCAACAGGACAUCAGCAACCCUCCGAAGACGGGCGAUAUCUACUACAGCAUGUCCGAGUACACAUCCCUCAGCAUCCCGCAAUACAAGCCCCUAGCGACGGAUCUCGUCUACGGUUUCGGUCUCGGCCAGCUCUACUAUCGCCCCGUCACCACCUCCCCUGCAACUUGGGACAAUCUCACCGACAGUGGCUUCUUCGUGAUCUGCAGCGCGACGGACAAGUCCCUGUGGGCGGCAUUCAAUUUCAAUCCCAUCACAGAAUUGGGUUAUGUCAGGCCCUUGAAGCCCGAGAACGGAGAUCCGUAUGGCAAACUACCGCCUGGUAAACCGGAUGAUCAAUCGAGCGUAGUGAUUGGGCUGCAGAAGCUUUAUGGGAAAGACUGGACCACGAAGAAGCCAUUUAGCCUGGAUGGAGUCGAUCCUUUUAAGAAUAAUGUAGGCAGUGGAACGGAGAUCGCGGCGAAACUGACUGCGAAACCUGUGUUGGUCGCGGAUGUGGUGAGGGCUAUUGGUGGUGGUGCCGUGGGUGCUUAA